GGCCGCGGUGAGUUCAAGGGAGGAGGAGGAAGAGGGUGUGAGGCGCUGCAGAACUCCUGUGGAUCGGUGAGCCGAGGGCGAUAUGGGGAUGUUCUUCAGCAAGGCGGAACCGCCGCCGCCCAUGGUGCUGGUGCCGCCGCUCUUCGACUACCCUCCCAUCGCUGCCCGCACCAGGAUGGCGGUGCCAGCAUAUGAGCUAAUGUUUGGGAAAGUCUCCCUGCACAAUCUGUUUGAGGACUACUUUGAUCAAGCUGGGAAUAUGACCUCAAGGAUCAUGUUGAAGCCGCUUGAAGAUCCUCACGUUGAUUUGAUUGCUACUGUGUCUGCUGCUGCUGAUAGAAACAGUGGAACAGAAGUAAAAGGGGAUGCUUUAUUUCGCUGGCAGAGAGAGCUGGAUGACCCCCAUACCUUUGUGGACCUUCUUGUGUCAACUUCAAAUCCCUUGCUGCAGCUGAGAUUAUGUGCAUAUCAUCCUAAGUAUCGUAUUGGUGCCUUUGGAACAUUACCUUUGCUAAUGGGGAACAGGGUGCGUUCAGAAGACUAUGGGGUCAUGGGUGUAAGAUAUGGUUCAGAGAAUUUAUCUGUUGGAGCAUCCUUUGUGCCAAUUUCCUUACCCAGUGAGGUACCCUUUGGUGCAUGGUUGGUUGGGAGAAAAGGGAGCUUAUCUGCAGGAGUACAAUACAAGCCACUUAGUGGCAGCAAAUAUCCUAUGCCAUUUACAGAAUUGGAGAACUGGAAUUAUGCAAUCAGUUAUGGUGUUGGCUCAACUAGCCCGCUCAGCCCUUCAUUCAUUUUCUCCCUGGAACUUGCCAGAAGCACACAGCUAACCGCAUCAUUCUAUCAGCACCUGGUUGUUCAAAGAAGGGUAAAAAAUCCUUUUGAAGAUGAUCAGGUUGUUGGCAUUACAAACUACAUCGAUUUUGGACUUGAGUUGGCUGCCAAGGUUGAUAAAGAUAAAGUGAGUGGGGAUGGCAACUCGUUUCAGUUGGCUGCAAGUUGGCAAGCUAACAAAAACUUUCUGCUGAAGGGAAAGCUUGGUCCUUCCACGUCCUCUGUAGCUCUGGCAUUCAAAUCAUGGUGGAGACCAUCCUUUACAUUUAGUGUAACAGCUGUGAAUGAUCAUUCAAAGGGCACAACAUCGUAUGGAUUUGGCCUCCGUGUCGAGGACCUUAGACGAGCGAGUUACCAGCGAGCUGAUCCAAACUACGUCAUGCUGACGCCAAGCAAGGAGCACUUGGCACCAGGUGUUCUGCGCGAGUACGGGAAGCGGCCCAUGUUCCAGACACAAAUCGAUUCGGGCAACUACGACCAUCUGCCUACAGAGCUGAAGCCUCUUGGCAGGAUUUUCUAACUGUAGGCUGGCUGCUCGUGCUCGUGGUCGUCUUUCGCUAGGAGAGAUUUUUUGUUGUUGUUGUUGUAGAUCUUAUCCGUCUUGGUCCUUUAGACAUGCUGCUGUAACUUGCAUUGACUCGUGAGCGGAUUGCGUCAUGAUAGCUGCAUGGCUUUUGGAAGCCAGAAGGAUCAUCCAACGCUUCUUCUUGCAUUGCUAUGUACUUGGGUGGAUAUAUAUAACGGUAUGGUGCAGUGGACAGGCGGUCUUGAAUCCUC